GCAGUAGGAGAUUGCCUGCAAGCAAUGGAUUUCCUGGAUCUGUUCAUAUUGGCAUUGAUGCCAGUUCUAAAAGUUCUUCUUGUUACUGCUGUUGGUCUGUUUCUUGCAAUGGAUCGUGUUAAUCUUCUGGGGCCAGAUGCAAGGUCUCAUCUUAAUAAUUCCUGCACUCAUAUUCAGCGACCUAGCCGAUGCGGUUACUAUGGAAAGUUUGAGAAGCUUGUGGUUUAUGCCAGUGAACAUCCUUCUCACACUAAUAUUGGGUUCUUUGCUUGGAUGGAUUCUCGUAAAAAUCACAAAAACUCCUCCACAUCUGCAAGGUCUUGUCAUUGGUGGCUGUUCUGCAGGGAAUAUAGGAAACCUGCUCCUGGUCGUUCGUCCGGAACUCUGUGGAGUCAAAUAGUCCAUUUGGAGAUUCUUCCACCUGCUCUACAAAUGCAGAGGCUUAUGCCUCCUUUUCUCUUGCGGUGUGAAGGUAAUGGAAUUGACAGAGACGAACACCCUGACCCAAUUGUUGGGUUCACUAUCGGAUUGGUAUCUCCAAUUCGGAAGCUCCUGAUUGGUGACAGUGCUCCUCUCCGGACCAUUUACAGCUCUGCAGCUCUGAUAGGAAAUGCAGCAAUUCCUUGUAUAACCUUGAUUAUUGGUGCAAACCUUCUCAAGGGUCUCAGGAGAUAUGGAGUAGGUGCACCAAUCAUAGCAGGCAUUGCAGCAAUCAAGUUCAUCAUCCUGCCUGCACUAGUGUUGGCAUUGUUAAAGCUGCAAACCAUUUUGGGAUAGUGGAAUCAAAUUCAUUACUCCUGUUUACCUACUGUUUCAAUAUGCAGUUCCACCAGCUAUGAACAUUGGUGAGACACUGGCACUAAGGCCCCGUUUGGUAUAGCGGUUUCGGGGUAGCGGUUAACAGUUUUACCUAAAUCGCUAAAUAUAGAUGUUUGGUAAAUUUAUAUAUUUCGAAACCGCUACAACUAAAGUGUUUCGUAAAAU